AUGCACUGCGACGGGCAAUGCCCCCUGCCCUGCUGCAUCACCGCAGCGCACUGUGACGGGCAAUGCCCCCUGCCCUGCUGCAUCACCGCAGCGCACUGCGAUGGGCAAUGCCCCCUGCCCUGCUGCAUCACCGCAGCGCACUGCGAUGGGCAAUGCCCCCUGCCCUGCUGCAUCACCGCAGCGCACUGCGACGGGCAAUGCCCCCUGCCCUGCUGCAUCACGGCAGUGCACUGCGACGGGCAAUGCCCCCUGCCCUGCUGCAUCACGGCAGCGCACUGCGAUGGGCAAUGCCCCCUGCCCUGCUGCAUCACGGCAGCGCACUGCGACGGGCAGUGCCCCCUGCCCUGCUGCAUCACCGCAGUGCACUGCGACGGGCAGUGCCCCCUGCCCUGCUGCAUCACUGCAGUGCACUGCGACGGGCAGUGCCCCCUGCCCUGCUGCAUCACUGCAGUGCACUGCGACGGGCAGUGCCCCCUGCCCUGCUGCAUCACCACGGUGCACUCUGCAAUGCACUGCGACGGGCAAUGCCCCCUGCCCUGCUGCAUCACCGCAGCGCACUGCGACGGGCAAUGCCCCCUGCCCUGCUGCAUCACCGCAGCGCACUGCGACGGGCAAUGCCCCCUGCCCUGCUGCAUCACCGCAGCGCACUGCGAUGGGCAAUGCCCCCUGCCCUGCUGCAUCACCGCAGCGCACUGCGACGGGCAAUGCCCCCUGCCCUGCUGCAUCACGGCAGUGCACUGCGACGGGCAAUGCCCCCUGCCCUGCUGCAUCACGGCAGUGCACUGCGAUGGGCAAUGCCCCCUGCCCUGCUGCAUCACGGCAGCGCACUGCGAUGGGCAAUGCCCCCUGCCCUGCUGCAUCACGGCAGCGCACUGCGACGGGCAGUGCCCCCUGCCCUGCUGCAUCACCGCAGUGCACUGCGACGGGCAGUGCCCCCUGCCCUGCUGCAUCACUGCAGUGCACUGCGACGGGCAGUGCCCCCUGCCCUGCUGCAUCACUGCAGUGCACUGCGACGGGCAGUGCCCCCUGCCCUGCUGCAUCACCACGGUGCACUGUGACGGGCAGUGCCCACUGCCCUGCUGCAGCUGCAAUGCACUGCGACGGGCAAUGCCCCCUGCCCUGCUGCAUCACCGCAGCGCACUGCGACGGGCAAUGCCCCCUGCCCUGCUGCAUCACGGCAGUGCACUGCGAUGGGCAAUGCCCCCUGCCCUGCUGCAUCACGGCAGCGCACUGCGAUGGGCAAUGCCCCCUGCCCUGCUGCAUCACGGCAGCGCACUGCGACGGGCAAUGCCCCCUGCCCUGCUGCAGCUGCAAUGCACUGCGACGGGCAAUGCCCCCUGCCCUGCUGCAUCACCGCAGCGCACUGCGACGGGCAAUGCCCCCUGCCCUGCUGCAUCACCGCAGCGCACUGCGACGGGCAAUGCCCCCUGCCCUGCUGCAUCACCGCAGUGCACUGCGAUUGGCAAUGCCCCCUGCCCUGCUGCUGCUCGGCGCUGCAGUUUCCAGCACUCCCUGCUGUGGCGCCAGCCUGGCGCCGGCCUGCAGCUCCCUGUCAGCCGUGCACUGCAAUAA